AUGAAUAGUGGAGGCCUUAGGAGUGACCAAUGCCGUUAUAGGCAAGUGACCCGCCUUGGGAAGAAAAAGUUCCUAACGCCGGUGAAAGGGAGCAAAGCAGUCCCGUACGUGGAGAUGCUAGCGGCUCACGGCUCCAUCCUUACCAUUCUAGCCAUCAGCUUCGAGCGUUAUUAUGCCAUUUGCCAACCAUUGAAGGCAGGCUACACUUGCACGCAGAUGAGGGCGGUGGCCAUCAUCGUGAUCAUCUGGUUAGUGGCAGCUCUUCUCACCAGUCCCGUACUCUUGACCGUCAACUACCACAUGGCAGAAUACAUCGACGGCUCAAUGGUCCCUGUCUGCUUACAAAUGGUCAACAAGCGCUGGCAACAGUUCUACUACCUGAGUGUGAUCGGCUUUUUGUUUCUGGUGCCCUUCCUCAUCCUUCUGGUUGUAUACUGCUAUAUUGCCAAGCAUCUCAUGCUGGGCCAAAGGAUGCUAGGAUCCUCCAGCGAAGAAAACCAGAUGAGAGCCCGCAAACAGGUCGUCUUCAUGCUGAUUGCUGUUGUCCUGAGUUUCUUCAUCUGCCUUCUGCCCUUCAGGGUCUUCACUGUCUGGAUAAUCCUCACUUCUUCAGAAAGCGUAGAGUCCUUGGGCAUGGAGACUUAUUAUAACCUCCUUUACUUCUGCAGACUCUUGCUCUACAUGAAUUCUGCCCUCAACCCCAUCCUUUAUAAUGUAAUCUCCUCCAAAUUUCGAAGCUCCGUCAUCAGGCUACUGCGCUGCUCGCGCGUAAGGAGCCGGCUUCUUACGCGUCAGGUCACCAAGGGUACGACGACUUCCAGCACAGCCACCACCAGUGGAAGUGUUAAGAAAGACAACAAAAGCCAGGUUGUGGCUGCGCACAGUACCUAUUCCCUCUUCCGGGCAACAGGAAAGAAUCCCAGGCCACAACACGUGUAGGUUCCUUCCAUUCCAGUCGUCUUUGUGCAAUUUCAUAGCUAUUUCGGGAUUUUCCUAACCAGGCCCAUUUAAUGCCGUGGAUUUUGAUUCAAGUAUUAAAAAGAGCAACUGCGAGGACAACAAUUUUCGUGAAUGAUAUGAUUUCAACCCUUCUUAGUUGUUGUCUCAAGUUUCCAACUACUGAAAAAGUAUUCUUCUGAAGGAAAAUCAGAAGCGGUUUUACAGAACGAGUGUCAUGGUGCAACUUAUCGUAACAUCGAGGAAGACAGCAAGGUAUAGACCGUUGCAUCCAAUAGCACCUAUCAGGAUUUAGUGCUAUUGAAAUAAUCCCAAUUCAUAGCAUUCCAACAGAUUCAUCAUCAUAUACAUAAUUUCAGAGCAUCCAUCAUAAGUGGUCGCUAAGUCGUGGAUUAUUCAACUGCUCCGUUAUGCGAGUUAUCUUAUGGCAGAUUUUUUAUAACUGAUAUCAUUCAUUCCUCAAUAUUUGAAUGAUGUGGUUAUAAUAAAAGAGAACACCUGAAUCUAAAUCUAAAGAUGGCAUGAAAAGGAACUUUGCAGUACAUUGUAAGUAUCACGUAGUCGUAUAUGUUGCUGGAGUACUUGCAGUUCUGCUUUGCUGAAGUACUUGCGAUUCGCCAUCUUACAUAUAACCUCCUGACGAAAAAGUGCUUCAGGGUCCAUACAUUUUCCCUAUUAACCAUAUUUAAGUAUUUUCUAGGAAAAUUAUAGAUACUGUAAAAGAAACUUAUUGCAAAAGGAAUUAGAAAUAAACUUUGAUUGUCUGAUUGCAUGUCUUUCAUGUCAUAUUAUUAAACUAACCAUUUAUCUGUUUAAGAACUUCAACAAUGAUUACGUCAUUUAUCAAUCUUGUGAAAUCCAUAUAACCGAAACUGUCAAUGAAAAGCUGUCAUUUAUGAAACACUUCUUUCACCUUGUUACAUUAUGUGAUGUCUGUUUCGAAUUGUUCCUAAUGAUGCAAUUAAAAAUCUCAGCUGAUUGGCAGCAUCUCAAUUAAAUGAAACAAACUAUGAAAGAUUACACAUUUAUCUGACUGCCUACUUCGGAGCUGAGUGGAUCAUUAUGGUGCAUCUUUUAGUUCUUAACAUCAUAUUUCCAUAAUAUUUCUGAAUGUUGAUGAAGAAACUUGAUUGGCUUGUAUCGUGUAAUAAUGGGUGCUGUAAAUAUUUCCAGAAGGGAUUUCUUUCAUUUAACUCUUAUGGCUUGACACUUACAGGUGAAUCGCUGUCUCAGAAAAUUAUUAUAAGUGAAUAACAAGAAACAGCUCGGCUUUCCAGUAAUCUUCUGAUGAUGUCUUUUACACCACAAAUAAAGUUUAUUGCAUACAAAACGCAACGGUGCUUGUGUCGACAGGGAAAAUUUCAAGUUCACGAUAAAAAUGUCACAUUUAGCAAUGUAGUAUAAAAGCGAUUAAGGACUUAUCAUUCUUCUCUACUCAUCUCGCUUUUUCAGGCAUCCAAAAAAUAGUCCAAAGAGAGACUUAAUAUAAACUUAAUGGGAAAAUAUUAUUAAUGCAUUUUAUGAAACAUGGGAGAAGUUUUACCAUGGACAUGCAAACAUAUAAGUAGGGACUUGUUAAGUGAAGAACCGUUAUCUAAACCGAAACUAUUUUACCCACAAAUUAUUCUCGUUCGGCUAUCAAAUUAUUUUCCAAAUUACAGUACGAAGCUACCAUCAAAUUUAAAAAAUUCAGUUUUAUUCAGUCCAGUUCAUAAGCAACUGCAAAUCUGCAGGAUAAAAUAUGAAAUUUCAAAAGAAGUAGAAAUAAUGCCGUCCUGGAAAGUCAAAUUUGCUGAUUUAUUGUUUCAAUGGCUUUCUGGUUUAUUUAAAAAACAAAGAUAUUACUAGAGCAAAAAUUGCUGCUUUUAGAUCUGUUACUUACCAUAGAGGCAUGAAUGCACGAGGUAGAAAUAUGUAUGUUUCGUUCAGAAGAUAACAACAAAUGUUUUCUUGCUGCGGUAUUAUUUGUAUGCGACAUAUUUGCUUUUUGGUGGUGAAAACCUUGCUUUCAUAUUCUUUCCUGUCGCGAAUUAUGUAACUUUAUAAUAUUAAUUAGGACAGUAACUUCAUCGCUGUGCAAAUUAUCGUCACUAAUUUUAGAGGACAUUCUAAGAUUGUGCAAAUAUUAUAUUUUACCACAAAAAUCGAGUAAAUUCGCGAAUUUCAGAUUUAUUCCCAUUAUUUUCUUAAUUUCUAGUAUAAUUUUUAAAAUAUUUUUAUAUUUAAAUAAUUUUUAUAAUACUUUUUGUACGAAUUUCUUUAAAAAAAUGCUACAAAUCGAUACUAUUCCGUAAUCCAAACAAAAAUCUUUUACCGAAGUUUAAAUCUUCUUAAACAGCUUAUCAAUGCUCUCAAAAAUUUGAUUUCGUGCAAUUUUUUCUACUUUUACAUGAAUGGGAAAAAAAUCGGUGUAUAAUAUGAUAUAUAAAUGUAUUGCCCAGUUAAAUGAUAAUCUUGAAAUAACUGUGUUGAGUACAUUUCCAGAAUCUUAUUGACUCAUAAAUGUAAAUUUCAUUUAAAAAUUGCAUUAACAUGAUAAGUAAACCAAUACUUCCUAAAUUUACUUCUGACACUUAUCGCCCCAUCUAUCAAAACAACUCCAGCUCGGAAGAAGAUUUAAACAACGUUUGCAUUAAGUUCAGCUUCACUGCCAAAGCUCUCGCCUUAACUUUCAAAAAGUAUGUUCAUACAUAUACGUAGCUAACUUUCAUUCCGGUUAUAGCUGACUGAAAUAGAAAUCAUAAAACAGAUAAAAUAAUAAAAUAGUGGGUUAACCAAUAUAAAGCUUAUAAGUUAUAGUAUACGUAACAUUAACGUUAAUAAUAUUCAUUUAGUUAUAUAGUAACCAUUUAUUUUAUUCUUCCCUUUGUGGUAGAAAAGAUGCUUUCGUGGAGAACUUUUCUUACAAAAACUCGAUCUCUUUGAAUGCAUAUUUUCCUGUUACCACCAAGUUCAAGUAAUAUUCAAAAUGAUUAGAAGCAUUGCAUAAAACUGAUAUCAAAUCUCUGAGCCUGUUGACUACAAUAAUACAGUACUGCAUGAAAAUGGAAUUGUGUAUAUAAUUACAUAAUAUUCGAAGAAUAGCUAUUACGAAUCUCACAACCAUUUUUUUCCCUCGCGCAUAAAGUUUUUAAAAGGUACUGCAAACGAACCUUCGAAUGUUUUCUUUUUUAGAAAGAGAAAGAAUAGAAAAAGGCUCCCGUAAUGUGAAAAUAACGUACUGGAACUACUUGUACUUCUUGGUGCUUUUUCUUGUGAAUUCAUAACCCAAUCCAGUGAAAUGAUGUUUUCCCAAGAUAUAUUUAUAGUAUGUGUUUGCUACUUAUACAUUCUUGUUCGAUGUUUUUUUCUGAGAAAUUAUAAAAGAAAAAAAUUUUUUCUUUUAUGAAUUGUAAGACUUUGGAGCUUAUGAAGCAUUUUGCGCUGGCCGUUCUCUUUUUUGUAAAGUUCUAUAAAUGUCGGCCAAUUUAUGGUGCUCGUGUAUAAAUAAAUGAAUAUUGUUGAAUUGUUG